GGCGCAGAGAGGAGUGUAAACUCUAGCGGGGCUGGAGCAAACAUUGGAUUAGCGGCAGCAGCCUGCCAACCUGCCUGAGGAGUAAGGGGACCAGCGCGCUGCACGCCGACUAGCACGAUGGCCUCGUCUCAGGGGAAAGACGAGCUGAAAUUAGCCGACUGGAUGGCAACUCUGCCGGAGAGCAUCCACAGCAUCCCCCUCACCAAUUUAGCCAUUCCAGGGUCUCAUGAUUCCUUCAGCUUCUACAUUGAUGAAGCCUCUCCAGUAGGUCCUGAACAGCCAGAAACUGUCCAGAAUUUUGUCUCUGUGUUUGGAACGGUAGCCAAAAAGCUCAUGCGGAAAUGGUUAGCCACUCAGACAAUGAAUUUUACUGGUCAGCUAGGAGCUGGGAUUCGUUAUUUUGAUCUUCGAAUUUCCACCAAGCCCAGAGACCCCGACAAUGAACUCUAUUUUGCUCAUGGUUUGUUCAGUGCCAAAGUCAAUGAAGGUCUUGAGGAGAUCAAUGCAUUCCUCACAGAUCACCAUAAGGAGGUAGUGUUCUUGGACUUCAACCACUUUUAUGGGAUGCAGAAAUAUCAUCAUGAAAAACUAGUCCAAAUGCUGAAAGACAUCUAUGGAAAUAAAAUGUGCCCAGCGAUUUUUGCCCAAGAAGUUAGUUUAAAGUACCUGUGGGAGAAGGACUAUCAAGUGCUGGUCUUCUACCAUAGUCCAGUAGCUCUGGAAGUACCCUUUCUGUGGCCUGGGCAGAUGAUGCCAGCACCCUGGGCCAACACCACAGACCCCGAGAAACUGAUCCAGUUUCUUCAAGCAUCCAUCACUGAGAGAAGAAAGAAGGGCUCAUUUUUUAUAUCUCAGGUGGUGCUGACCCCCAAAGCUAGCACUGUGGUCAAAGGGGUGGCAAGUGGCCUCAGAGAAACAAUCACAGAAAGAGCUCUUCCUGCCAUGAUGCAGUGGGUCCGCACGCAGAAGCCAGGAGAGAGUGGCAUCAAUAUUGUCACUGCCGAUUUUGUAGAACUUGGUGACUUUAUCAGCACUGUCAUAAAGCUCAACUAUGUCUUUGAUGAAGGAGAAGCCAACACUUGAUAGCACUACUUGGAGUUUCCAUGAAUAAGACGGAGAAGACUCAUCAUAAUAGGCAUUAUCUGAUCUUCCUAUUCUACUGAGUCUCUGAAGGGAAUAGGGCUGGUAGUGGGUGGGAAAAGGGGAAAACUAUUUCUUCAUUGAUUACAAGCAUACUCUUCAUGGCUAUAAAUAUUUCAUUUCCCAUUUGAUGAGUGAAAUCUACUUCUAGUGUUAGGGAUUAAAAAAAACCAGUAAAUUUGUUUUUCAAAAUUUGUCUUUGUAACGUAGAACUCAUGAGUGUUUACUUGAUUAGGCUCUCUACCUUUCAGCCUAAGGCUCCUACACUGUCUAUACCCUGUAACCUUCCUGCUCCCUCUCUUGCUCGCUCUUUUAAAUCAGAUGCUGUAUGGAAAUCAAAACAAUUGGAUGCCCAACAUUUUGUGUAUUACAUUGUUGUCUUAAAACUUAUUAGUUUUGUGGAACUUGGUAUAAUACUCUGUAGUCAUCUGCAGUUGGGCAGUCAUAGCUAUCUUUUGCUCAUAGAAAAUCUGCAACAAAUCAGUUUCCAUGCAUCAGUAAUAUCGGAGGUCAUAAUCAGUGAUUUUUGUUAUAUGAAAAUAAUAGUGUUUCACAGAUUUCUAUUUAAGGCAGCUAUAAAUAUAGGAUAAAAACAUUUUUGGAAGAACUGUGAAUGCCAACUUCAGAGGGAAAAAAUGCUUGAGGGGUGAAAGAGAUGGAUGGCAUUUUAAUUUGGCAAUCUCUUGAAUAAUAUUGCCCUGCAAGUACCCAGUAAAUGAUAAGGUAUGACAAGUGUGUUAAAAUUGAAAACUCUGAAAAGAACUCUUUAAACAGCCCUCUUAAUGACUCCUUUGAUUAUUAAAAAAAUAAAUAAAAAAUAAAAAAAUAAA